AUGCAGUAUCUGGAUCUACCGGAGACAAGAAUCGGUGCCGCCCUCGACCCACAGGACCCGCAGAUCGACAACAAAAUCAUGGAGACGCGCAAGCAGCUGAAUGAGGUGAUGUGCGUGAUGCAGGACAACAUCUACAAGAUCAACCAGCGCGGCGAGAAGAUUGAGAAUUUGUGCGAGCGUGCUGAAGCGCUCGAGUUCGGCACGGAGGGCUUCUACAAGACGUCGGUGGAGGUGAAGCGGGCCAGCUACUGGCGUGCCUAUUCCAUGUACAUUGCCGCCCUCGCCACCAUUGCCGUCUUUGUGCUCGCCGGCACGGCCUAUUCGCGGAUG